AUGGCAAACGAAUGUAAGCAUAUCAAAAUAGUAUUUCUUACCCUGUUUUGUAUUGGAGUAUACGUGUACUUGUAUGAUCAAACAAGCAGGAAUAUAGAUAUAUCCAAGAACAUACUAGAGACUGUUAAACAGUCUCUUAAUACGCAUAUUUAUAUAAUGAAGAAUGACCAACUACCUUCUAGUUUUGCGGACUCUGUAGUCCCUCCUGAAGCAAACCUUAUGGUGCAAAGUGAAUCUAAUGUUAAACUUCACAAUCAGAAAAUAAAGAAAAAGAGUGAUUUAAGAAACUUUGUUGGUGAAUAUAAAAGAACUCUGAGAAAAGUUGAGAAAUUGAAACAGGGGGAGAUCACCACGGAAUUUCUAAGGGACAAAAACCUUUCAUUCCCUGUGUUAACAAUGUUCACCACAUGGUCAGAAGAUGCCGAAAAAUAUCUCUGUAGAAACACAACAGUUGUUAAUUGGUCCACAAUGAAACCGUUAAUAACCCCAAUCCUUUUCACAAAUGAUACAGAUCUUAUUAUUAGAGUACUAAAUAAGGGAUGGAAUGUUCUUCCUGUGGUUAAAACUGGCAUCGGUAUUCCAGUUUUGAAGGACAUGUUUCUUGCGGCUAUGAAGCUUUCAAAAUCGUCGUUCUAUGCCUUUGCAAAUGGGGAUAUUCUUUUUACGGGAGGACUGUUGAAAACUGUUGUAGCUGUGGAGAAAAUCACUAAUGUGCUCAAUAAUACGGUACUUAUAAUAGGUCAGAGAACCAAUCUUCCAAAUAUAUCUAUGCAGGCAGCAGAGAAUUUUGAUUUGUUAAGGAAUAUUUCAAAACAUAGAGGAAAAUUGUUUACUGAAUGGGCUGAAGAUUAUUUUAUAACAAGUGCUAAUUAUCCUUGGAUGGAAAUGCCUGAUGUUGUCAUUGGAAGACGUGCUUAUGACAACUUCUUGGUGAUAGAAUCUUUAAAGCGAGGAUUCAUUGUUAUCGAUGCUACAAAAACAAUUUUGGCGGUUCAUCACACGACUAAGAGUGGAAAUUUCGAAAAUCGUAAGAAAGGAAAUAACGAUUAUAACGCAGUGCUUAUUUCUAAAUAUUAUAGGAACAAAAUUAUUAAUUAUACCAAAGGUCUCACAAAAUGUGCCAACUAUAACACUAUUUUAUUAUCGAACGGCACAAUCACACUUUUUAAAAAGAAGAAACAAAAUUGUUAAAUUCGUACUGACAAUGCUAUGUACACUUCUUAAUAUAUAUCAUUUUUGCUGUAAUUUGCAAGGCACUGAUAUUAUAAAUUACAAAAACAAAUGAGGAAACAAAUUAAAUCCUCAUGUCCACCUUUUCCGAAGUCAAACUGCCUUAAUCAUAUCAUUAAUUUUUCAAUGUUAAUAUCACUAUAUCAAUGACGUCAGUUUCCCGUGGUCAUUCUAAUCAUCGUCUACAUUUUUGUUUAAUUUAAUUAUUUAAUUGGAUAGCUUAAAUUCAGAAAUAUUUGAUUUGGUUUAAAAAUU